AUGAUCACCGUUGAUGAGCUUCCGUUCAAAUUUGUGGAGGGGAUGGGGUUUAAGUACUUCAUGUCACUAUGUUGCCCUAGGUUUAAUAUUCCUUCUAGAAGAACAAUGACCAGGGAUUGUUUUGGUUUCUAUGGUGAGAUGAAAGACAAGUUGAAAAAGUUUUUUCAAAGUUGCGAAGGAAGUGUGUGUUUGACUACUGAUGCAUGGACUUCAAACAAACAAGAUAGCUUUAUGUGCUUGACUGCUCACUUUAUUGAUCAAGAUUGGAAGUUAAGAAAGAAGAUCAUAAAUUUUGGUGAACUUAAAGGUCAUAAGGGAGUGGAUAUUGCUGAGGGUAUUGUUGAUUGUCUUGAUGGUUGGGGAAUUAAGAAGGUAUUCUCUAUUACCGUGGAUAAUGCAUCCUCCAAUGAUACAGCUGUUGCAAAAUUGAAGGAAGUGUUCAAUGCUAGAGGUAUUAGCAUCUGUGAUAAUGCAUUCCUUCAUAUGAGAUGUGUAGCUCACAUCUUAAAUCUAGUUGUGUCUGAUGGACUUGGAGAUAUCUCGUUGUCUGUGAAGAGGUUUAGGGAAGCGGUGAGGUUUAUUAGAAACUCACCUGAAAGGUUGAAAAGAUUUCAUGAGUUUGCUGCAGUUCAGAAGAUAGAAGGAAAACGAGGGUUAUGUCUUGACGUUCCCACAAGAUGGAACUCGACAUUCCUGAUGUUGCAAGCUGCUGAGAGGUUUGAGAAGGUCUUUAUGAUGUACGAAAUGUAUGACGAGCAAUUUCGAAAGGACUUGGAAAGCAAGAAAGAUAGACAUGGCAUAAUUGGGGUUCCUGAGAAGACUGAUUGGGAUAAUGCAAGGAGAAUGAUGGGUUUUCUGGGUCGUUUCUAUGACUUCACCUUGAAGAUCUCAGGUUCCCAUUAUACUACUUCUAACUUGUUUCUACAAGAAGUGCAUUCCCUAUAUCAUUUGAUUAACAAGUGGGUGGAAGAAGUUGAAAAAGAUUAUGACUUGAGUGUCAUGGCUAAGAAGAUGAAGCUAAAGUAUGAGAAGUAUUGGGGUGAUGUUGAUAAAAUGAACAAGUUACUCUACAUUGCCACUGUAAUGGACCCGAGGUACAAGCUGGGAUUUCUGGAGUACGGGUUGAAGAGGGUCUAUCCUGAAGAUGGCAAGGGAGGACGUAUGGCAGAAGAUGUGCGCAAGGCGACAUUUGAGCUCUUUGCUCACUAUGAACAAGUGUGGAGGUCAAAACAACAUAAGGGUGCUUCUACUGCUACUUUGACUCCUAUUGUGGAGGAGUGUGGUAAUGAUGUGAUUGAUGUUCUUGCUGAGUAUAAACGACAUAGAGAGCAAAUUGAUGGGGCGGUGAACAAAUCUGAGCUUGAAAGAUACCUUCGUGAAGCUGAUGAGCCGAUGGAGAUGAACUUUGAUGUAUUAGGUUGGUGGAAGGUUAAUUGUUCGAGGUUUCCAGCCCUUUCUAUGAUGGCUAAGGAUGUUCUAGCGGCCCCAAUUUCUACCGUUGCAUCCGAAUCUGCAUUUAGUGCCGGUGGGAGGAUUCUCGAUGAUUUCAGAAGUUCAUUGACUCCUAGAAUAGUGGAGGCCUUAAUUUGUAGCUCAGAUUGGAUUCGAGGUGAUUCUAGACCAUCAUUAGAUGAGGAGGACGCGGAAGAGGUUGACAAAAUAGAUGAAGGUAAAAUCUUAAAACUAGCAUUACAUAUUUACAUUGUGAUUGAUUUUUAG